AUGACCGAUUACUCUGCAGAGCAGACUGUCGCGAUCGCCGCCGUCCGGCGCGCCUGCAAGCUGACGAGCGCUGUCUUCAACCACCUCGUCAAGGGCGAGACGCUCACCAAGGGCGACAAGAGCCCCGUGACAGUCGCUGAUUUCUCUGCACAGGCCGUCGUGAACACUAUCCUCUCUCACGCAUUUCCCUCUGACCCUAUAGUCGGCGAAGAAGACGCGGACGACUUGCGCUCGAACGAGACUUUGCGUGAGCGCGUCGUGCAAUUGGCCAACGAUACCCUGGCGGAGGCGCCCGGCGCGGAUUUCGAUGAGUCUGAAUCCUGGGGGUUAGGAAAGCAAUGGGGUGCGGACGAACUGUUGAAAGCGAUUGAUCGCGGCAACUACGAGGGAGGGAGGACAGGGCGGAUGUGGACUCUGGACCCUAUUGAUGGGACGAAGGGUUUCCUCAGAGGCGGCCAAUAUGCAGUCUGCCUUGCCUUGAUUGUCGACUCGCGCGUCGAGCUCGGCGUCAUCGGAUGCCCAAAUCUGCCAUUGGAUCCUGCCAUCCCGUCUGGGCCGUCCGGCGCCCUGUUCGUUGCCGCGCGCGGGAAGGGCGCUUUCCAGUACCCGUUAUCUCCGUCUGUCGCAUCAAAAGCGCCGCCGGUCCCGCUCAAGAUGCCCGAUCUCCCUCUCCAGCACGUCUCCUUCCUCGAGUCUGUCGAGAAGGCACACGCGGCGCUGGACACGAACGCGAAGAUAGCGCAGUACCUCAACGUGACCCGGGAGCCCGUGCGCAUGGACUCGCAGGCCAAGUACGCCGCGCUCGCUCGGGGCGACAACAACGGGGGCGUCUACUUGCGUUUACCGGUCGAUCCCAAGUAUAGGGAGAAGAUAUGGGAUCAUGCGUCUGGAUCGCUACUGGUCGAGGAAGCAGGUGGUAUCGUUACGGACGCGUACGGGAAGCCUCUGGAUUUCGGAGUUGGUCGCUAUCUUGGGACACACGUUGGUGUUGUAGGUUGUGGCAGGGGUAUCCACUCCGAGUUGCUGGCGGGUGUACAAAAGAUACUGGCGGAUGAGAAGGCAGCAGCUUGA